UUCGACUUCCACACACACAUCAACAACUAGGGUACACAAGAACUUGGUCUUGAAACGCAGGCAGGAGCAAAGAUGGUGGCUGCAGGGUCAAUAACGGUCGCUGUGCGAGUCCGUCCCCCCUCGGCUUGGGAAGCUGCCAGACUACCUGAACCAUGCUACGAUACACACAUCCACGGAGACGCCGCUCUCGCAACCCCAGUCAACAAACCCAUAACAUCUCAAUCAAGCCUCCGAGACAUCGUACAAAUAGUGGAUGAUCGGAUUCUCACAUUCGACCCGCCGGAGACGGACAGGUCGAAGGCCUUUGUAGAACGGGGAUUUAUGCCUCCCGGGACGAAGAGAUACAAAGACAAGCGAUUCAUGUUCGACAAAGUAUUCGGUCCUGAGGCUCGCCAAGUCGAUGUCUACGAUGCUACAGCGAAGCCUUUGUUACAGCCACUAUUGGAUGGGUACAAUGCAACAGUGUUUGCCUAUGGGGCCACUGGAUGCGGCAAAACCCACACUAUCAGCGGGAACGAGAAUGAUCCCGGAGUCAUUUACUUGACAAUGGCAGACUUAUUUCAGCGCAUCGAAGACCGCAAAGACGAGUACAUUGUGGACGUCACAGUCACCUUUCUGGAGAUCUACAACGAAGAAAUCCGCGAUCUAUUGGCUGAGCCGGGCUCUUCCGCACCCCGAGGCGGUCUUCAGAUCCGCGAGGACAAGGUGGUCAAAGUCGCGGGCCUGGUAGAGCUACGCCCAAAGUCGGCUGAGGAGGUCGAGAAAAUCGUUUUGCAGGGCAAUAGUCGUCGGACACAAUCGCCAACGCAUGCCAACGAGACCUCUUCGCGGUCGCAUGCAGUGUUGCAGGUGCAUGUAACCCAAUCGCCGAGGACCGCCUCCUUGACGGAACAGCGCACCGUGGCAACACUCAAACUCACGCGAUUGCUCAAGUUCUCGCUGGGGGGAAAUUGCAAGACUGUCAUGAUCGUUUGCAUUGCUCCGACAUCGAAUCACUUCGACGAUACGCACAAUACUCUACUGUACGCGGACAGGGCGACGAAGAUCAAGACCAAGGUUGUCACGCGCAACGUCGUCAACGUUGACAGACAUGUCGGUCGAUACGUCGAAGCCAUCAAUAGGCUGAACGCCGAAGUAGCUGAGCUGAAAGCCAAGCUCGCGGGCAAACUGAACACGGAGGCUGAGAUCGCCAGGCGGAAGAAGGUAGAAGCUAAGGCGGAGGUGGACAGGGCGCGGAACGACAUGCAGUGCAAAGCAGAGCAGACCAAAGCAUCUAUCGCGGACGGCGCGACCUGUUCCAGCAGGAUCGAUGUUGCUCAUGUCAGGCUCCAGAUAAUACGGUCUCGGCUGGCACAGAUUGAGUCGCAAGGAAACGUGGACUCCCUUCCCUCCGAUCUGGCAGCAGAAAGGGAGCUACUGUUAUCCUUGGCCAAACCCGAAGAAGAGGUUCUUGCGCCCUCGUCCGCGUACAACACGCGGCUGCAGCGUUCAAAUAACUCUAGCAACAUGUUUGAUGCCAUGCUGCGAGCAGUCAGUGAAAGACGAUCCGACAAGAUGGACGAGGUCAGCAUCGAGAAUGUGAAACUCGAUGGACGGUAUCACAGGGCAGACAUAGAACGGGUCAAGGCCGAAGCAAAACAGGAAGCAUUGCGAGAAGCAGUCCAGGCGCAAUCCGAGCUCGUGGUCAACCUUGUCGGGAUGCUCGGUAGAUGCAACAUCAUGCUAGCAGAUGCCGGCCGGAUGUUGCGCACUGCCUUAGAUGAAGGAAAGGAUGGUCUGGAUGGUGCAGUCCGGACUGUCUCCUCCUCCCUCCAGAAGCUCGCGCAGACCAAUGAUGGGGCCUUUACAGAGCUCGUGGGUCAUUGCGUAUCCUCAAGCUCUUUAUCGGCGACCCGUCCUUCCGCAAUCGAAACGUUCUCGACGCACUCCUUCAGCUUCACACAACGCGUCGCUUCGGGUCCCAUUAUCUCCCAGCAAGCCAAGACGAAGAUUAACAGAAGAUCCUCCUCCUACGGAUCGGUGGUGGGAUCCCCAGGACGGAAGUCCCACAAGAACUCCCCGCGUAAAUCAGCGCGGAACAGCCUUGUGCCAUACCGACGGACGUCGGAUAAGGAGAAGGAGAAGAAGAAAGGUGUACAGUGGAGAGACGAGGCCGGCCAGGGCGACAUAGAUGACGGUGGUCUUGGGCCAAAGGCAUCUGCUCCCUGUACGUCACUAGACGGAGCCGAGGGCGAGAAUAUGCCCACAUCCUCGUCGCAAAGGAGCGUCUCCAGAGCUGGCUCGGAGAGUGAAUGGGAGGACGAGAAAACCGAUGACAAUGUCAGCAUGAGCCUCCCUUCUGCGCCGACCCAUGACCUAUCUACGAGCAACGGCCUGUCUGGUAAGAGGAUCACGGGGGCCAAGCGUCCUCGAGCUAGCCGCCUCGAUCCUUCGUUCCUCAAGUCCCGUGGGUCGACGCUCUCCAGUCUGGCCGAGGAUGAGGAGGAUGAAUGUCUGCCUAAACGUGCGGGCCCUCUAGCGGAUCGUAAUGUUAACAUGGGCGAAAGCUCUUCCGGUAGCAGCAUCAGCAGUUUGCACAUUCCCAAAGGCAAAGACAGGCACGGCAGUCCCUCGAAACGCAUCCCCGGCACGCCGAAAAUCUCAUCUGGAAAAGGGGGCCGACGAAGGUCGAGCAUCGGGCCGUUGCGCAAUGAGCGGGCAAGACGCAGGUCCAGUCUCAUACCGCAGUUAUCUCCUCGAGCUUCGGACACCAAAGCUGGUAGUUCCAGCCAGCGCGAUGAAGGCAAGCUUUCACUUGGAGGCCCGCGGCGGGUGCCCAUCGGCAACGAGGAUAUGUCGAUUCGCCGUUCACCUGCUAAGAGGCCGAAGAGGAUGUCUUUGCUAGCGCCAACCAAGUCGUACCGGCAGAAGGCUGUCAGCUUUGCUGACCCUAACUCUAGCGGGGAUGUAAGCUUCCGGGGAGCGAAACCGUCGUGGCGUUGAAUGACGCUUUUGGAGCGGUGAUGUGAGGUUAGCCAUGGGGACGGUAUUGGAGUGUUAGAAGUUAACUCUUGUAUACUCGCGAGCUCACCAUAUGUUAUCCCUUGCCUGUUCAGUUUUACCAUCAUGUUAUAAUUCCAUGUGUACCACGAUCUUGAGAUACCCUGUCCUCUCUAGGACUUUGUGAUAUUUAUAAUCGAGUUGAUCGUAAUGCCAGCUGUCU